CUUGGCGGGCGGUUCAAAUGAUUAGCCAAGCAAGGGAAGUUUGCAACGUGAUCCCCAAGCCCUCGUUUUUAGUAGAAUUUGCGAGUGUACAAUUAUGUUCACCUCGGGGCCUGAAACUCCCCGUAAUUCAAUUUGCGACGAUUGUACAUCCACUAAGAAAAGUCAGUCAAAAAUUAAAACCUCAACGUCAAUAUGGAGUCAACAUAUGUAAAGUAAAAACGAAUGUAAAUAAGUUAGAAAUUAUGCUGCUAAUGCACAGGACGUCACAAACACGUCUCGUAAAAGUAAUGAUGUUUUUGUUUGGUUAUCUUUCGGAAAUUGUAGAAAUACAAAUGUUUCCUUCUUCAGAAGUUCCAGCUAACAUUAUUUAGCUAAUUCAUUUACUAGCUAUCAUACAGUAUGCGUAUAUUAAUAAUUAUAUAUUUCAUGUAAGUAGAUAUGCAAUCAUAAUUGACUGUAGCGCAUAUAAAGCAUCCACAAGAUACCGGUAGCUGAAAACAAAAUCACUGCGGGAUGAACGAGUUACGAAUUUCCGGGUUAGGACGGUCCAUUUAAAAAUCAUUCCUUUCUCGCCCCUUGCCCUGCAGCCAUCAGAAGUGUCCACUUAAUUUGAUGGCUGAGGGGAUAUGGUGUGUCUUUUUUUAAGUGUUUGGACUGCACCCAUGAACAUUCCAUAAGCACAGGAACCCGUUUCGCCUGAGGAAAAGCGAAAGUAAAAGUGUUUCGGUCACACUUCUUGUCCUCGGAUGAUGGUGGUUUAGAGAUUGUUUUAUGAAGGGAUAGUAGUUUUUUAUGACUGUCAUACAUUGAUGCAGAUAUAAAUCAGCUAUUUUUUUAAUCAGCUACGGACUUUCCUGGGUAAAUAUAAAUACAAAUUAAAAAUAAAUACAAAUCUGAAGUGGAAGAACAUUAAAGCAAAGAGGCACGGAGUUUGAAGGCAAAAUGGCAGAGUCCAGUGUUCAUAGUAAUCCAAGGACGAGAAAAUUCUUCACUGUUGUCAGUGGCAAAACCUUGGAUACUCAUAAGGACUUUUUGAAACAACUCACCAUGCAACGAGACUUUACUGAAGUGAUGACCCCGGAGAAGAGUGAUGUCAUCAUAACUUUCUGUCCUAUCGUCAGUCGUGCUGGGACUGAUAUUGAAGCAGCACUGCAGGAGAUCCCAACUGGCAAAGGUGUUGUUUUGGUGGUGCUGCAUCAUUCCUUCAACCCAGACUGCACAGUACCUGACAGUAGCAGACUGGUGACCAGAGGUGAUAUGCUAACAGUGGACUGUCUGUUCCAUGAGAACCAGGGACUACUGGACUGUCCUCGCAAUACAGAAGCAGUCCGUACGAUUUGGAGCCAUCUGAACAUACAGCCAAUGAACACCAGAAAAGGUUUGUUCAAAGACAAAAAGCCGAGUGAGCAGAAGAAGAGUAAGAAGCAAGUGGAUGCACCGAAAAAAGAACUAUGGGAAGAAAAAUGUCAGCAAUGUGUACACAAGGACAAACUACUAAAGCAAAUAGAUGAACUAAACAAAAUACUUGAUCAACAGGUACAUGAUCUGAAGAACGAGGUAGAGAGACUGAGAAGCCAGGUCUCAGCCCAGAUGACUGGUGAGUCUGAUCUAUAAAUCUCAGUGAUUUGCUUUCAAACAAGUGCAGAGACCGUCAUUUUGAUGUCAGAUGAAUUAAAAAUUGUAAU